AUGACACGAAUCAACAGGGAGUUGUGCAAAUUCGCCUGCAACAAGUGCAACAAUUUUAUUUACCUGAACGAAGCUUGUGAAUUGGUAUUCAAGAAAAUUUAUCCCCAGUACGCCAAAAAAUAUUACCAUAUGAAUGAGCUAAGUAAAGGAGGGGAAAGCGGUACAGGCCCGGGGCUGCACCUCCUGGACAAUCUGUACAGACAGAUUUAUGGUAAUGGAUUAUGUGGGGUUAACAAACAAAAGAACGACUUUGCGAACAAGGAUGGGCUCAAGAAAGUUUUGCAGUUUCUAAAUAGGGGAAAUAUAAAAUGUACCAAAUGUAGCGCGGAGAACAUGUGGCACGUUAAGUAG